AUGAAUACCCUGUUGUUAUCUUUACUUGUUUUUCAAAAUAUUACAACAUAUUUUGAUAAUUUUAAAAAUGCUGGGAUUAUAGAAAGUAAUGGAGGAGAAAUUAAAUAUAUCAGUGAAAACAUCGUUGGCACCAUUAACAUAAAUGGGAUACAUAGACAGUUAAAUGACGAUAUAGAAAAUGGUAAAUACAAUUUCAAUUCAGGUAAAUAUUAUUAUGAUUCUAAUGCCCACAAGGAUUAUUAUGAUGCAAACGACUACAGAGGAGAAAUAAGUUUUUUAGAAACUGAUGAAUAUGAUGAAGCGGAUAAUGAAAAGGAUGAUGAUAAUGAAAAUGAAGAAAGCUUCUUAGAAACUGAUGAAUAUGAUGAAGAAGCUGAUAAUGAAAAGGAUGAUGAUAAUGAAAAUGAAGAAAGUUUCUUAGAAACUGAUGAAUAUGAUGAAGCGGAUAAUGAAAAGGAUGAUGAUAAUGAAAAUGAAGAAAGUUUCUUAGAAACUGAUGAAUAUGAUGAAGCGGAUAAUGAAAAGGAUGAUGAUAAUGAAAAUGAAGAAAGCUUCUUAGAAACUGAUGAAUAUGAUGAAGCGGAUAAUGAAAAGGAUGAUGAUAAUGAAAAUGAAGAAAGUUUCUUAGAAACUGAUGAAUAUGAUGAAGCGGAUAAUGAAAAGGAUGAUGAUAAUGAAAAUGAAGAAAGCUUCUUAGAAACUGACGAAUAUGAUGAAGAAGCUGAUAAUGAAAAUGAAGAAAGCUUCUUAGAAACUGAUGAAUAUGAUGAAGAAGCUGAUAAUGAAAAUGAAGAAAGCUUCUUAGAAACUGAUGAAUAUGAUGAAGCGGAUAAUGAAAAGGAUGAUGAUAAUGAAAAUGAAGAAAGUUUCUUAGAAACUGAUGAAUAUGAUGAAGCGGAUAAUGAAAAGGAUGAUGAUAAUGAAAAUGAAGAAAGUUUCUUAGAAACUGAUGAAUAUGAUGAAGCGGAUAAUGAAAAGGAUGAUGAUAAUGAAAAUGAAGAAAGUUUCUUAGAAACUGAUGAAUAUGAUGAAGCGGAUAAUGAAAAGGAUGAUGAUAAUGAAAAUGAAGAAAGCUUCUUAGAAACUGACGAAUAUGAUGAAGCAGAUAAUGAAAAGGAUCACAAUGAUUUUGAAUCCGAUGAAGACAACUAUGCAGAUGAUAUUAGUUCAUCAACAACUGCUCAAUCUUUUAUUGAAAAGAACGAAAUGUAUUUCGACGAUUUCUUUGAUAGUGAAGAAACUAUAAAAGAUGCUGUUAAAAAAGGAAGCAAAAAUAAUAAUUCAAGCACAAGUUCAAGAAAUGAUAGUACUAUAAACAUGAUUAAUAAAUUAAAUAAAACUGGCAAUACCGAAUUUGAGAAUAAAAAUUCAUUCAAUGAAGAACCCCAAAACAAAUAUGAAUUUUCAGAUGUUAAAUCAGAUAAAAAUAAACAAUCACUAAGAAGCCAAAAUAAAAAUGCAGAACAAUCAAACCUUAAAGAUAUAAAAGCUAAAAAUACCCAAAACAACAUGGGUCAAAUAGAUUUAGAAGAAUAUGAAAUCACAAAUGAUGAAAUACCAUCCGACAAUAUGUCUGAUGCUUAUGAUGCUUUUGCACCAACAUUACAUAAAAAAGAGAAAUCAAACAAUGAAUCUACCAAAUACAAAUUAAAAAAUAAUAACUCCACUAAAGAUCCAAAAUAUGUUCCUUAUAAAAAAGGAGAAAAUAUCAUAUCCCCUCAUAUACACACAGAUAUUUAUAAAAAAAAUAAAAAAACAGACGAAAUGUUGGAAGAAUAUGAACAAGAACUUUCAAAUGACGAUAUGAUGGAGUUAGAAAGUCACAAUGAAGAAGAUACCCCUGUGAUCGCUGAAACAGAAAAUAUUGAUGGCAACGAUGAUUCGAAGGAGUCUAACUCUAGCUCCAUAAGUUUCUUAAGCUCUCUCACAAUUAUUAUUUUAGGACUUUUAUAUAUAAUGAAUUAA